AGGGGGAGUAUGAGGAAGAGGAAGAAGAUUUAUCUAUGGUUUCAGAUGCAUCUUCUGGUCCUCAGCAGAACUUGGGAGAAGAGGAUUAUGGGUUGUGUUACCAUGCUCCUGUUGAUGCUGCAUUGUUGUUGCCUGCUAAGAUUUCUAAUGUCAAGAGGCAGAAAAAGAAAGAAAGUAGGCUUGGCAAACUGAAUGAAAAGGCUUCAGCUCUUGAUGAUACAGCCAGUUCUCCCAUCUUCACCUGCACUAAUAAUAACUACAGCAUCAACAUCCAUCAGAGCUCAGCAGAGAAUGUAAUAACAGACUUUUCACAGGGCUACUCAACAACUCAGUUUCAUGGGCAACCUGCACACCAAGAGCACACUGACCUCUUUCAGUGCUCUCUACUUCCUGCAAACCAGUUGCAACCAAAUCAGUGGUUUGAAGAGAGGAGGUGGGGAUAUUAGGACAUAAUAUUUUUGUUGUUAAUGCUGCUUGCAGCUUAGUUUCAUGUUAAGAUCUGAAAAAAAAAGAGAUAAAUGUUC